GGGGGAGAGAGAGAGAAGGGGGGAGGGGGUAGGAGAGGAAGUGAUGUCAUGUUCGAACCACACGAGUGAAUCACCGAAGCUUUGUUUAGAAUGAGGUCGAAACGGUUACCAUUCACGAUUAUAAACACAGGCUGGAAUACACUGUUGCCCCCACUCAAAAUUUCGCUUAUUCAUUUCUUUCUUUUUUUUCAGUAUAGGAAGCAACUCAAAGUGGGAAAAAUAAGUACAUAAAAGAACUUGAUAAUCACUGCUUCUAUAAUGAAACUAGAAAUGAUUAGUUAUGAGUGAUUAGGUUUUAUUAUAACUCAAUAUUAUUAUCAUUCACUCAGUCAUUUCAGCGGCUAAUUGAUUGACUUUUUACCAUAUUACAGACAGGAGAACUUUUUUUAUAUAAUGUCACGUAUAGGAUGGGAGUUAUGUGUCUGACCCCGGAAAAUACAAUGUGCUGGGUAGGGUCAUCUGGUAACACUGCUAGGGUCAUCUGGUAACACUGCUAGGGUCAUCUGGUAACACUGCUAGGGUCAUCUGGUAACACUGCUCGGGUCAUCUGGUAACACUGCUAGGGUCAUCUGGUAACACUGCUAGGGUCAUCUGGUAACACUGCUAGGGUCAUCUGGUAACACUGCUAGGGUCAUCUGGUAACACUGCUAGGAUCAUCUGGUAACACUGCUAGGGUCAUCUGGUAACACUGCUAGGGUCAUCUGGUAACACUGCUAGGGUCAUCUGGUAACACUGCUAGGGUCAUCUGGUAACACUGCUAGGGUCAUCUGGUAACACUGCGAGCCCAUAUAAGACGGCCCACGUUGAGGCUUGGCACAUGUCAGUCAGUCAGUCAGUCCCUUGCUUGCCUUGACACAGGAAGGGAGUCUCGUGUUGGUCUGUGCCUGCGUGGACUUAGAUGAGGGACGCUGGUCACCUCUUUAGUCCCUGGGCCAUGACGCGUCUGGCUCUGGUGGCUACUGCUGCUGCCGCCCUCCUGGGGUUGGCCUCGGCGGCACGGAUGACAGGCAGGAAUCCGUAUUACCUGGGCUAUGGAGGAGGUGUGGUCCUCUACAUCAACGGAGAAGGCUUCAGCGAGGACCAGUUCAGCCAGUUCGAUCCUUCUUUGGGGAAUCGAGUAUCAUUGGUGAACGGAGAGGAUGAAAUCGAGUGUAAGGUGAUCCAAUACCUUACCAACACGAAUCGGAUCGUCUGUUCUACCGGGCCUCGCACCAGACCCAGCGCGCCUACGGUCUAUGAUAUCGUUAUCUACUCCGACGGUGUUCGCGCUGAGGGAAGCAGCACCGUCAACUACGCGUGGUGGGUGCCUCCGAAGAUUCAGACCGUGACGCCGCUGUGGUCCCUGCCCGGCCAAGAGGUGAGGUUCAACGGCUGGCUGCAGACGGCCCAGUAUUACCAGAUCAACGUGGACGACCCUCUCGAAGCCAACCCGGACCGUGGCGCUGUGCUGACCAAGGUCUUCUUGGGCGGCGUGGAGUGUGAUCUGCUGGACGAGAAUGAAGAGCUUCGCGGGACCUUCAGCGGGGGGGAACUCACAUGUCUGCCGCGCGCCAAGCUGAUCGGAGCCAUGAACUCCUCGCUCUUCGUCACCGAGAGAGGCUCGUCUGUGACUGAUCGGCAUAAGAUGUACGUCGACUCGCAAGACAAGCUUUACCAGUACCAUUCCUACCCGGCCAUAAGUGGUGUGUCCCCCUCGUCCGGCUCCCUCCUCGGUGGCACUCUCGUUACUGUCGACGGCAUUGGCUUCGACCCCUACCAGGACCAGACCAAGGUUGAGGUCGGAGGCGUGGAGUGCUCCGUUCAAGAGAUCACGGAUGACCAGCUGAAGUGUUUGACGCCAGCUGAGGGGCAGAUUGAAUCCCCCGGCGCAGGCGAGCGUGGCAUCCUGGUUGAGCUGUUUAAGGGGGAGACUGCGACAGAUGCUGAGUUCUACCAAGCGGAGAAAUGGGCAGCGCUGGACUCCUCUCACGCCGGCUACGAGGCACUCACCAACGACGUUCAAGAACUCUCCUUUCCGCUGGUGAUUGGAGAGAGCGCUUUAGGGAGAGUCAGAGCUCUCCUCCACCCACCCCACGAUGGCGAGUAUAUGGUUCUGGGCACCGCUGGCAACAAGGGCUGGGUCCUCAUAUCCCCUGAUGGAAACCCGGAAAAUGCCGUGUCCGAGCAGCCUAUUGAACUGAAGAAGGGGACGCCGGCUUAUGUUGAAUUCCGCUUCCGAACUGACGGCGACACGGACCUUCUGAUAAGGAUGAAGGACUUUAACGCGAGGUACGUGAACAGUCAGACCUUCCGGGCACUCAACCCUAAGAUGGAGGUGAAGCUGGACAUCCACCAGGUGUUCGAGACGCAGGCAAUAGCUAUCACGGGGACUCCAACGCCCGCCACCUUGUUCAUCAAUGGGAUUUCUUCGGCUCCUGUUGAUAUCGCGGAUUCUGCACAGGUCCGCGAGGCGCUGCUGGACAUGACGGAGCAGAAGUGUGACAAGGAUUUUAGCGGCUUGAACGUAAGGCAUUUCACGGACUUCGAGGACGGCGAAAGACCUCCAGGAGCCCUCGGGAGCGUUGUAGAUGACGUCCAACCCUAUUGCGGAAGAAAACUCUUCAGACUGAAGCGAACUGACCCACGGGUGUACCGAGUGACCGACCAAGACAAAAUGGUGGAUGCCAACGUUCAUAAAUACCUGUGUUUCGCUAUCCAGGGCAACCUUCAAACAAGCAUGGCGGUCAACCUAGUUUGGAAGGACAACAGAGGGAAAAACAGAGACGACACCUUUUGGUUUGAACGCCCAUUGUCCGCCAGCAGCUGGACGUACCACUGCGAGGACUUGCAGGAGGUGAUAUUUAACUCGUGGGCAGCGGCCGAGUACACAGCGGGGGCCAAGCUGCUGGUGAAGAACGUGGUGGUGCCCAAGGCUGCCCUACCCACCGAGGAAGUGCACAUCGACGAGGUGGUCUUCGUUAAUGAGGCCGUGACAGUGUCCCAGACCCGCCCAUCCGCCCUCAAACAGCAGAAUGUCUUGGUGUCCGAUGUUGAGGUGCAAGAAGAGACGGAGACGGGCUAUGAACUUCGUUUCAUCACAUCAAAUUGUAUGGCCGGGAUGCCUCUUCUUGGGGUCUUUGAUGGCGAAGCCGACAACUCGCUCCUGGAGGUCCUGAGCACGUCGGAUUCCUACACCUUCCCUAUUGGCGAGGCAUCCGUAGCUGUGAGCCGCCAGGACGCCGCCACCAGCCCCCUCGCCGGGACGUGGGACCUCCUUAUUCAGGGCCGCGUGAUCCCGAACAUCCCCGCCGACAUCGACUACAUCGCCCUCCAAGCGUACCUCGAGAGCGCCUUGGGGUCGGAGAUCGUAGUGACGCGCGGCGGCUCUUGCAGGAACUACCAGUACGACAUCGAGUGGCUCGACGACCCCGGACGGAAGGAGAUGGUCGUGGUGGACGACUCGAACCUGGUCUUUGAUGGCGAGGUCACCGUAUCCGUAAGGCGAGAAUGGGAGGGGAUGAUAUGGCAUGACCCCCUCUAUGCUGACUUCAUGACGGCCUACAGGGACACGCCACAUGUCACAGUGCGGGUCAACGGUUACUCCGCGGCCUGCCAAAACGACUGCGCCUUCUCCUUCACCGACGCCGGAGGUCCAACAUACGACUCUUCCUCGAUAUCAGAACCGACUUUCACGGACGCAGUAACCAUUGAAGUCUAUGGCGGAGGGUUCACCAGCAAUGAUCUCAGUGACUACGGGGCAAGUCUUGGUGAUGUCGAGUGCGCUGCUUCUGCCAUUGACAAUUCACAGGACCAGAACAGCCUCACGGUAUCGUGUGACAUUUCCGUGGCAGGCGUUUAUACAUUCAGCGUCCGUAUGCAACCGUAUGGGGUAUUCUACACAGGCUCAAUUACCCUCAACCCGACCAUCACCAGCCUCAGUGUAGCGGAGGGCCCCAUGACCGCCUACUUCCCUAUCACAGUGUUCGGUUCAGGGUUCCCGUCGGACGCAGCGGACUGGGAGGCGGACAGCUCGUACGUGAAGAUUGACGAGGCAGAUUGCGAAGUGCUCUCGGGUGAUGCCACGGAAGUUACCUGUAUGGUCCCCCCGCGUGAGGCGGCCAGCGGGUCCUUGGUGGUGAGCGUGUUCGUGGCUGGUGCCGAUGCGUCCUACGAUGGCUUCACCUACACGGCUGUCUCGGAAGUGCCCACUAUCUCCUCGCUCAGCGCCUCAACCCUCUCGGUCUAUGGCGGGGAAGAACUUGUCAUUACCGGAACAACAUUUGGCAGCAGUGAAGGAACAGUGAAGAUUGGGUCAGAGCCAUGUGAGGUCACCAGCUGGGCGGCCGAGAGCGUGACCUGCACCACACCGUCGCUCGCACCCGGCUCAUACUCAGUCAGCCUCCUCACCGAUGGCCUGGGCUUGGCGGAAACGUCUGUCGAUUACGUGUUCACCAUCACCUCCGCCUCCAAACUCAAGGGGUCAGUGAAGGGUGGCACCACGGUCACACUCAAGGGCGAGGGCUUCGGCUCAGACUGCUCCCUCCUGAAGGUGCUGCUCGGGGAUGAAGACGAGUGUGAUGUUGUCGAGUGCCAGCCCACGAGUCUUACCUGUGUCACGAGGAUUGUUCCGAAACAUCACGAGAUUCUCAAUAGUGGAAUGAGCACAGAGUUCAGCGUACAGUGGUCGCCUAAUGUCCUGGACGUGAGAGAAGGGGAUACCGUCACCUGGAAAUGGUUGAAGCUCUCCGAGAACUCCCAGCUCGAGUACAGCGUGUGCCAAGUGCCUAACCCACUGGCCGACUGUGAGGAUGAUGACGGAACUGGCUUCAACUCCGGCCCCAAGACUGUAGCAGGCCAGUUCACAGUCAACUUCAACCAGCAAGGCACCUACUUCUACAGCGGACAGCCAGCGAGCUCAUCCGGGCUGGUCAUGCGAGGUCAGAUAAAUGUCAUCCGCCCACCCACUGAAGCACGUAAGAUAACCGUACUUCUCGGAGACCAGGAAGCUACGAUUGACCUUUCCAACGUCGAGGAGCCCAUAGCGGGUGAUGGAUGUACUCCAAACCAAGAGCCCUUAGCGGAUUGCACUGAGGCUGACCCCACUGUGCCGGAUGACGGAUACCUGUAUUUCCAAGCCCACACCUGUUAUACACCUGUCAUCAGUAGCGUGGCGACAGACUCCUUCACUGGCGUUCCCGGACUCAGCGGCGUCCAGCUGAUCGAGGGCGUAAGUCUCAACAUCGAGGGGUCAGGCUUCAACGACGAGGCCAGCGGACAGUGCAAGUCAAGUGUGAGGGUCGGCAAUGCUCCCUGCGUGUUGGGUCAGGUCGGGUCAUCUACGGCAUUGACCUGCGACCCGAAUAUGGAGGAUCUGGGGGUCUCGUACUACCCUGUGUCUGUGCGAGUCUUUGGCAAUGGUAUCGCCGCCAUGGAGGUCUCGAACUACAAUAACGAGGGUCGGGUGGUGGUGGUCCCGUCAGUGGAGUCGUACAGCCCCACUGAAGGAUCUCUCGCCGGUGGAACACUCAUCACCAUUGCAGGUUCCGGGCUUCAAGGGUUGUCCGCUGAUCCCGUGGUGCUUCUGGGAGGGCAGCCGUGUGCGUUGGAGGAUGUCACGCCUAUCUCAGUCACCUGCCUCACCCCGCCCUCCGCCACCGCCACUUCUGCCACCCUCACCGUCACUGUCAUGGGCAUCCAGGCGCUGUAUCCCGACUCCCAUCCCUCCUACACCUAUAGCGAGGCACUCACACCCUCGGUCACGGGAAUGGCGAUAUCAGGCGAAACGGUGACUUUGACGGGGCAGAACUUAGGCACGGACUCCGACAAGCUGACUGUGACUCUCAUCUUAGAAACUCUCAGUCGUUCACUUAAAACCGAAGAGGAUGAGGAGGAUGAGGUGGAGAAGCUGGAUGAGGAGAUGGAUGAGGACUACAUCGAGGACUUUACGGAUGACGAGGAGAUGGAGCGGAUGAUCAGUGGGUAUCUUGACGAGAGCGAAAUGUCAACCGCUGAUGCCGUACGUGAGGAGAAGGGAAAACGCAAUAUGCAGCGCCGUCUGAAGCUUGCUCUUGCCGAUAUGAUUGAGUCUCCUGAGGGAUUCUGGGGCACCUUCACCGGCACUGGGGCUAAGACAUUCAGGGAGACGGUGUUGAUGGGGGCCUGGCGUAUGGCUGGCACUUCUACCACCAGGACGAAGGAAGAUCCGGAAAAUGAAAGUCUCGUCACCCGUCAAGAACGUUCCAUUAAAGCUCUUGCGACCGAGUACACGUGCGUUGUGACAGCCACCUCGGAGACUGAAGCAACUUGUACCGUCUCUGGGCUUCCUGCGGGGUCCUACAGCGUUGAGGCAUCCCUUGACGGAGCAGGAUAUGCGUUGUCAAGUGCGGUGACAGCUGGUGCCGUUCCUGUCGUGUCGUCCAUUUCGCCAACGUCAGGAAGCGUCAAUGGCGGGGUUCUGCUUACAAUCCUCGGCUCUGGGUUUAUCGACGGGGACACGACAGUCGCGGUUGGAGAUUCCGCAUGUGUCGUAGUAGAUGUAGCCUCGGGAACCGUCACCUGCCGUGUUCCCGCUGGUGCUGAUGGUGAUGCUGCGUCUGUGGCGGUGACGGUGGCGGGAGGCAGCCCCAUCACGGCAUCCUCCACCUUCACCUACGAUGCUUCGGUCACGCCAACGCUGGACUCAGUCACGCCUGCCUCAGUCUCGGCCGGGGGUACUGCGCUCACCCUCGCUGGCAGUAACUUCAAGCAGGGCGCUGUGGAUCCUCAAGUGCUCGUGGGAGGAGAGGAAUGCACGGUGACGACUGCGAGUAACACCGAAGUUCAAUGCGAUGCCCCUGAGCUGCCCGGAGGGACCUAUGACGUGGUGGUGAGGGAGGCAACUUACGGAGACUCCAACACCCAGAGCCUCCUUUACGAGUCUGGGGCUAACAGCGGAGAUUUCGAAGGUGGUUUCGGAGGCAGCCUCAUUACGAUUACCGGCUACGGCUUCGACCCAGCUGGCGGCACCACCGUUACCGUCUGCGGGAAUGAAUGUGAGAUCGUAGGCGUGCCCACCGCCACCGAGAUCAGCUGUGUGGUUCCCCCCGAGACUUACACUGGCGAGGACAAGAGCUGCGAGCUUUUGGUGAUACAACCGGGCGGCGACGUGGCUGCCACCCUCACCUACCAGUACCUCGCCUCCCUGACAGCCUCCGUUACCAGCGUCAGCCCCAAGCGAGGAGGGACGGCAGGAGGAACCACUCUCACCAUCGACGGAACUGGCUUUGCGGAUAGCGGGAAUGUCGUCACCAUUGGCGGGUCGGCGUGCGAUGUGCAGUCGGAGAGUUCCACCGCCAUCACGUGUCUCACCUCAGCUCACCAAGGACCGGGAGAGUUCGCUGUUAUGGUCGACGUUCCUGACAAGGGCUUCGCUGUGACGGAUGAGAACGGAGUCUUCUUCUACAUCGACCGCUGGAGUUCGGUGUUUACGUGGGGCAAUGAGCCGGUGCCGUCUGAGGGCCAGCUGGUGGUGGUGGACGAGGGCCAGACGGUGCUGCUCGACCAGUCCACGCCGGUGCUGAAGAUGCUGCUGAUUCAAGGCGGUCAUGUGGUGUUUGACGAUGAGGCGACAGAGGAGUUGGUGCUUCGUGCUGAAUACAUCCUGGUGGUGGGCGGCGGGUCUCUGAGCAUUGGAUCUGAGGAGGUGCCGUUCCCAGGCGAGGCGGUGAUUGAGCUCCACGGCAACUUCCACUCCAUUGAGCUCCCGAUAUAUGGUGCCAAGGUUCUGGCAGUUCGCGAUGGCACCCUGGACCUCCACGGCGCCCAUGUCCCCAUCACCUGGACGUACCUUGAAGCCACAGCAGCAGCGGGGGCCACCAGCAUCACCCUGGCCGACGAGGUGACUUGGAAGGCAGGCGACCAGAUUGUUAUCGCCUCCACGGGACUGAGGUUCCCGAGAAACGAGAACGAGGUGAGAACGAUCAAUUCCGUCAGCGGCAGCACCGUCACCUUCACGGAGCCGCUGGAAUUCGAACACGUCUCAGUAACGCAAACCCUCGGGGGACGGGAAGUGAAGACCCGCGCUGAGGUGGGACUCCUCACACGCAACGUCAAGAUCCGAGGAAACAUCAACGGGGACUUUAGCGAGGAGAUUGAGGCCUGCGGGGAACAGUUCAAUCCUAACCAGUUUGCAACUCAGACUUGCUUCAACGGGCGAUACGGCGAUGAGACUGGCAGCGAUCAGUUCGGCGCCACGGUCAUGAUCUUCGGCAAGUUCCCCGACCAGGACUUGGUGACGGGACGCAUCGAGUAUGUGGAGGUCACGGAGGCUGGGCAGGCCUUCCAGCUGGGCCGCUAUCCACUCCACUUCCACAUGGUUGGCGACGUGAGCACCUCCUACAUCCGUGGUUGCGCCGUUCACCGUACUUACAACCGCGCCAUCACCAUCCACGCUGCCAACUACCUCACCGUGGAGCGCAAUGUGGCGUACAACAACAUGGGCCACGCGAUCUUCACCGAGGACGGCGUGGAACAGAAUAAUGUGAUCCAGUAUAAUUUGGCCGUCUUCACACGCAGUUCAUCGUCCCUCCUCAAUGUGGAUAUUACGCCCGCAUCAUUUUGGGUGGUCAACCCCAACAAUAUCGUGCGCCACAACGCUGCUGCCGGCGGGACCCACUUCGGAUACUGGUACAGGACGGAGCGCCACCCCUCCGGCCCCUCCACCACCAACUCCUACUGCCCCAACAACGAGGUCAUGGGACAGUUCUUCAACAACACCGCACACUCCAUGGGAAGGUACGGUCUGUGGGUCUUCUCCAUGGACGGAUACCACCCCAGGGCAGGCACAUGCAGAGGCUCGGACCUGGUUGCCAAGUGGGAGGACUUCACCGUGUGGCACUGUGACCGUGGCGCCGAGGUGGUCUUCGGCACCAACCUCCAGUUCCACAAUUUCGUCGCGCUGAACAACAAGAUGGCGGGGAUGGAGAUGGUCAAGAUGAAGGGAGGAAACCGUCUUGGAGAUAGCCCGGGCAUCUUCAACUCCCUUGUGGCCUGUCACUCGGCUCUCGGUAGCGACUUCUGUACCGCGCAGACCAGUGGCAUCAUCUCGCCCAAGCAGUACACCUUCAGCAUAUCCGAAGUCACCUUUGUCAACUACGAUGUGCCCGGUUCGUCAGCGCUCUCCGGAUGUUCCCAGUGCAAGCCGCUCCAGGGUGGGUUCAGGACACAAGUGGAGGGUUUAAGCUUUGACACGUCUCCGAACAGGCUCAGUUUCAAGUGGGAGCACGAGACCAUCUGGUUUGACGAGGACGGAUCACUCAGCGGAACUGUCGGUGCGAGCGUUGUGCCUUGGAUGGAUAUUCUGCCUUCGGACUCCUGCGCUACGGCUGACGAACUUAGUGUCAAUCCUUCCUUCCCGGGCGCGGUUUGCAGUCCCGACCUGAACUUCAUGCGCUUCAACGUCGAGGGUCCCAGCAUCGAGCCUCCCUCAAUGAAAGGACGUGACCUCAUCGUAACCAACGACCACGGUACUGUUAACGUUCCCUACAUGGUCAAGCGACUCACCACGGAGGGCUGGAUGGGCCUUCUCUUCGGCGGCGACACCUACGUUUGGUACUUUGACGACUCCUCUCAGAUCACAAACAUAACGUACAAGGCGACAACGCAGCUGGUGGGCUCCGGGGACUAUUAUUACGUCAAGCACAACCUUAUGGAGCAGCCCGACUUCUUUGGGACGACAGGUGAGGGGCAGGAGAGCACAGUGGCACUGCCCGACCCUAAUACGGACUUCCACGGCGACUACUACUGGGACGCCGAGAACAGGGAGAUGACUUAUAUGGUGUCCUCUAACCUGGAGAGCAAGAGGAAUGUCCGAGAGUUCACCAAGGACGCCGGCCUCAAGAGAAACAUCAAGUUCGAGGUGUUCAGAAAUGCCCCAACGCCCCCGCCAGUCCCCACCGGCCGCCCCGACGUGGUUCUCUACUGGUCCGACGUGGAAACUUGGAAGGAGGUCCCUGUGGGCUCAGGAGGUCACCCCACGGAGGAGGAAUAUAAUUUACCGGUGGAGAAUGACGAGAUUAUCAUUCCCCCUGGCAUGUGGCUGAUUGUGGACACUGAAACGCCGAAGCUGAGGCGAGUCUACGUCUACGGCACGCUGGAGUUUGACGAUACAAUGGACCAUUACUUUGAGGCGACCAUCAUCUACAUUCAGGGCGGCAGCGUGGUAGCAGGCUUCAACAAGGAGAAGCCCUUCACACACAACCUCGAGAUCCAGCUACGAGGCUCCAUAGACCCCGAGGACCCCGACAACGAGGCGUUCCCAAUGCCCCAAGGAGUCCCCGAUGUUGGCUGGAAGGCAAUUGGGGUCUUUGGGUACCUCAAACUCCACGGCGUUGUCUCGGGUCAGUCGUGGCACAAGCUUGGAGCGACGGCAGAAGCGGGAAGCAUGACGGUCACGCUGGCGGAGGCUCCCGACGCUUCCUGGCUGAACAAGAUGGUGGUGAUAUCGACAACCUCCAAGGACGCGACAGAGAGUGAGGUCAGGACUGUAGUGGGCAUUGACGGCGCCACGCUCACCCUUGACACAGCCCUUGAGUUCGAGCACUUGGGCGUAACGCACACCUUCUCCGACGGCACAUCCCUUACCCUGGCUGGAGAGGUCGGUCUGCUGAGUCGAAACAUUGUGGUGCGAGGAAGCCCCACUGAGGACAGCUUUGGCGGCAGGGUUGUGGUGUCUAGGGUCAACCAGGACAGUGUGGACUAUGUCGGGUCCGUUCAGCUCGAUGGCGUACUCCUCGACAACAUGGGGCAGGAGAGCUUCACUAGCCUCGACGACCCUCGCUACGCCCUCGCUAUCGUUGGACUCGGCGCCGUUGAGGACGACUCGAGUUAUGUCAGUCGGUCGUCCUUCAGUAUAAGUUAUAAUGUCGCACUCGGCCUGCUGGGGACCUCCAACGUGAAUGUGGAGGACAAUGUCAUCUACUUUGCACUUGAUUCUGCCGUGAAGGACGAGGAAGGCUCCAACUUCUACAGGAGGAACCUCAUCACAACUGUUCUCUUCCUUGGGACUUUCGGCGAUCGGUUCGAGACGCAGAACCUUAACUGGUACGGCGCGUUCCAGCUGGACAAUGCCCCGAACACCGUACUGGAAGGGAACGCCGUGGCUGGUGCGGAACAGGCGGGUUACAAGACAUACGGCGAGAUAUGUGAUGACGCGGCGCAGUGGAGCAACAAUGAAGUCCACGGCACCAUCUACGGCAUCAUGUCAUGGAAGAAGAGUGGCCAGGGAGAUGAGUGCCGCAGGAUUCACGACUUCACCGCCUGGAGGAUCAUCGACACGGCCUUCUACAUCCAGCACUACGCCUCAUCCAUCAUCGAGAACGUCGUUGCCGCUGACAGUCCGCUUGGCGUGAAUCAGCUCAUCAGGGGACCUCCGGCGCUCUCCCACACCUUCUCCGAGAAGUACGCGUUUGUCAAGUCGUCCCUGUUCGUCGGCGCCUCCCCCUCACACACCUGCACCUUCCAGAAGUCCACCACCGAGAUCAUGACAUUCUAUUCCGGGAAACUUUGGACUAGUGGACUGUCUGGAGGAGUCACCGGCGUACUGUUCGGAACCUUCAUGUCUGGGGCGAAUAUGGCACCCAAGAAGAAAUUCAGCCCCACAACCUCCUACCCCGCUCUCCACGGCCGCACGGAGAUCAGCGACAACACAUUCAUCAACUUCAACACGCGAUCAUGCGGCAGAAACGUCGCCCUCAUGGCCAACCCCGAAUCAGACGACGCCGUCCACCCCAUCUUCACGAGCGGCCUGACCUUCGUUGAGACAGUGUCGGAUAACUACGUCUUCAUCAGGAGGGCUAAUGUUGACCUCGUGGACCCCUCGGACUGCGUUGAUAUGGACUGUGAUGGACAUAAGAAGGUGGUGCUUAAGGAUGCCGAUGGGUCUCUGCUAAGCACGGCAGGCGCCACGCUCAUCUCCGAGGCCGAGUUCGAGUGGGAUGGCGAUGAGAGGCGAGGCGUUGGCGACUACCGCAUCCCUGUGCCCCUCCGACAGAACGAUGACGGCACUGCGAUCCCCGCCGAGGACAAGUUCCCCAACAAAGGUAUCGUGCGUGAUGACAGCUGCACCCUGGCUCCGGCGUGGCAGGCAUGGGUGUGCAAGACGCUGGAGUACUUCAUGAUGAUUAUCGAGAGCAUGGACAGUGAUACAGAGGUGCGGCGUCUGUCCCCCAUCGCCCUCAUCGCCAACCCUGGUACGAAUGGCUUUGUGGACUUGCUCAACGGACCCAUGGAUAGAGGCUGGUGUUUUGGUUAUACUUGCCAGGAGCGUAUCUCAACUUUCUACGCAGUGGUGGCGGGUGACCAGGUGUACGAGAUGGCCAUGACCAGCACGCCGCCACAGGUGCUGCGUCUCCACACCCUCACGGAAGAAGAGGUGGUGGUCCUCCGCAUCUUCUUCCCCAAGCUCCAGCGUUACGACAUCUACGUGGGCGACACCUUCAUCCCCCCCACCAACAUCGACACGUCCGUCACCAAGUACCAGCUGCUGCCUGAAGACCCGCUGGCCCCCGAGGCUUUCUUCCCGACGAUCUCCGAUGCCGUCGGAUCGAACUACCUCCAGCGGUCCGCCAAGCUCCUUCAUGUGGUGGUCGGCAAGUCGCAGAUCGUCACCAUCAAGACCACGCCCAUGAUCACCCUGCAGAGCGGUCUCGUGGUCACCGAGAGCGACUUUUACGAAGAGAACCUCCUGCAGAACCUCGUGGACCUCUUCGGCAUUUCCCCCGACAACAUCAGAAUCACCAACAUCGUCCCUGAGAAUUCAAGGCGUGGGUGGACCAGGCAGGGCACCGUGACCAUGGAUGUUUCGGCCGAGAUCGCCAGCGCGCCGACAACCUCACCGGACGGAGCUGAGUCUGCAUUGGACGCGCCGGUGCUUACGUUCGAGGCUCUGGAGUCCGCGUACGAGACAGCCGUCAACAAAUUCCAGGAGGGAUCGUGCGAGACGUGUGCCUCUCUCAAGACUAUCAGCCCGCAGAAUCCUCCCCCAGCUGAGGCUCCCCCGAAGGCCACAGAGGAGACAGGUUCCGUCGUCAUCGAGAACGGGACUCUCUUCUCCGAGCUGCAGCAGAAGGAGGAGGCGGCCGCCCUCAACAAGAGCCUGGAAACCGUUGAGUUCUCCCAGCCGUCUGCGUCUGAGAUCCUGACUGGUGUGCCGUCGUAUGUGGUGGUGGACACGAGCUUCUCAACACUGCCCUCGAUCACCGUGCGGGAUGAAGAGGGAAACAUCGUCAACAACCUGGGCAUUGAGAACGACCCCUGGAGGUUCACCGCCACGCUCACGGGCGGCGCUCAGGGAGUGACGCUCGGGGGCACCACCUCCGUUCCCUACGUGGACGGCGCCGCGACCUUCACCGACCUUUCCGUCAGUGCCCCCGGGGAGGACUUCAGCCUGUCCUUCGCCAUCACGUACCCUGCGGACGCCCCGGCCCUCCCCGUCGCCCUCAGCCAGACCUUCAAUGCAAGAGCCGAGAUCCCCAUGGCGGUCAACAUCGACAUUUCCGAGGACAUGCUUAACGUGGGGCAGCCCUUCACCGUCUCCAUACAGCUGGUGGAUGAGGACUCUGGGGAACUGUUGGACGGGACACUUUUCGAGGACCAGGUCAUCGUUGGGGAGCUGCUAGAGAGGAGGAACCCGAAGGCAAUACCCAACCUUGUCAAGAGAUUCUACGAGAUGUCUCCAAGCAGUUCGGAGAUUCCCCUCGAGAUCACUCUGGACAAGGAAGCCGUGCGAUACCAACUCAUUACCCGCGUGUCCAUCGUGCCUGGCGAAUGGUAUCUGGAAGGGAAGACUAAACGCAUGGUCAUUUAUCCCGAGGAAGUGAGUCGGCAGGAUGAUUCAGUAACCAAGACCGUCGGAGUGGAAUUGUACAGAGGCAAGCUCCUGACAGACUUGAACGAGGAGCUGGAGGAUGCAGUGCUGGCGUAUCUGAUCGAGAACUUCAACAUGGAAAGAAGUAACAUCGUCUGGGGGCCCGUGACGGUUGGCAACAAGGAAAGGAAGAUGGUGCCUGCAGAAUUUGAGAUCUCAGGCCCGUCGGAACAAGUCACAAACACCAUCAAUGACCUCUGUAGGGAGUUGAAGAGCAAAGUGUUGGUGCGGGUUGAAAGCGACUGCCAGAGAGGAUCGUACAGGAUGUUGCAUGUGUAUGUCGAUGGCGAGAAACAGAAAUGCAGGAGGAGGACGUUGAUGCCAGAGUCAUCGGUGGGGAAGAACUCUGUGGUCGUCAUCAAUGGUACUCGCAGCAUGUCAAUGGAUGAGUCGACACUGGUGGAAGGCAUUGAGGUCAUAAAUGUCACUCGCGCGGAGACGACAAUUGGAAGGCACAAGUUUAACCGAGGAUAAACUGGACGAAUUUGAUCACUGAGGGAACUGGACAAGACUAACCAAGGAUAAUCUAAAGCAGUAUGAACAGGAAAGGAAGGAAAAAAAAAAAAAAAACUCCACUCGCAGUGUGACAACAUUUGGAAGGAUCAAGUUCAACCAAGGACAAAUUCAAUGAAUUUGAUCACUGAGGGAAUGGCACAAUUCUAACCAAGGACAAUCUAAAGCAGUAUGAUCAGGAAGCGAAGAAUAAUGGAAAACUCCGGCAUCUUAAACUCCUUUCUAACUGUGACACCAUUUGGAAGGAUCAAGUUCAACCGAGGACAAACUUAACCAAUUUGAUCACUGAGGGGAUGGCACAAGUUUACACCAAGAUAAUCUGAUGUAUUUAAUUAUGAAGAAAACGGGUGAGUCCAAGAAUGAACCAGCAUUCGUACACUAACCAAAGUAGCCGAUAGUGCAUUGUUGUGAGUUGUAGUUAGACAUGGUGCUGGUUAUAGCGAUCCACAGAAUAGAAAACGCAUGCUAUCGUAAACCAACAUAUUGGUAUUUUCUAAUCAGAGGAACUUCUUAAGAGCAUUUUGAUGAAGUUUCUCUUAACAAGCAUGAUUUUGAUAUGUGUAGUCGUAACCCUGUAUUCCAAGUUCUUUUCAAUAGCCAUCUUGAUCUGGGUUUUGAAUGAAGGACAAAUUUGUAUCUUUGGGUAACUGAAUCAUCUUUUUGACCCCUUCAUCUUUCACAGCCUGAUCGAGCCUCUUGUGAUUGGUAGUAAAGUAAAAGAAGUAAACAGUUUUGAACAAUCCUUUCCAGUCUUCCAAUAGCCAUCUUGAUCUGGGCUUUGAAUGAAGGACAAAUUUGUAUCUUCAAGUCCAGAAUCAUCAUUUUGACCCUUUCGUCUUUAACAACUUGAUCCUCAGUAGUCAGGAAGCUAUAAUGUGUUUUUGGCGAGUGAAGCAAAAGAAGUAAACUAAUCACUUAACAUCACUUAAAAUCACUUAAUAUAUUCGUAAGUCUAGUUCAUAAGUUCUGAGAUGCUUGACCACUUAACUGUAUAUCAACUUGUGUACUCUUAAAACUGUGAAAAAUAUAACAUUAGAGGCAUUUGA